AUGAUGAAGAAGAAGAAGAAGAAGAAGAAGAAGAAGAAGAAGAAGAAGAAGAAGAAGAAGAAGAAGAGAGACCCCGAGGGUGGACUGCAAGCACUCCCUAAUGAGUGCGAUGACGGGCACAUUAUGGCAGCUGCAGUUGUUGUUUACCUCCAUAGAUACAACUCAAAAACGCCUCAGGGUAUCAGAAAACUUGACUACUGGAAGCACAAGAGACGAAAUUAG